UGGGGUUGAUAGGUGGCAAGUCUGGGGUGAAGAUGGGGCAGAGGCCUGGAACACGUUGAGAGAAUGAUUAAAGUGAACCCUCGGGCUCAGUUUCCAGCCUCGUGGACGGGGUGAUGUCACCGCACGCUGUACAGACAGGGAUCUCCCAUCUGGAGUGGGGAGGAAGCAAGCAAAGGAGAGGCGGGCGAGGGGGUGUUGAAAGGGGAUCUGAAGGAAGGGAAGGGGGGAGUUAGAGGCUGAAAGUCAAAGAAAUAAGAAACCGAGUUCCACGAGAAUGGAGAGGCUGAGAAAGACAGCGACGAGGCAAGACAAGAGGGGCGGGGAAAGUUGAACACAGACAAUCGGCAACUUUUCUCUCCGUUCCCUUUCUCGUUGGAGGAGGACGCGAGGGGGGAGAGGAGUCUGGAGGAAGGAAAAACACACUGGAUUACUGCUUUUGCUCCAAUUCCUAAGACUGUCAUGCAUCGAUGAGGUUCAGUUAAUGAUGGAUUAAUGUGUUGGCAAACUUGGGGAUUAUUGACAGCAGCUGGAGGUGGAGUUUGAGGUGAAAUCAGGUGCUGCUGGGAAAGGAGUGCAAUCAUGAAGCUUCUCUGCUCCUUUCUGGCUCCGCUGCUCCUCAGCUUUGGAUCAUGUGACACAAUAUCAGAAGCUACAGGUGUGCAAUGCCCGCCCCUACAAGUGGAGAGUUGGAGGUUUCCUCAGGUGACAAGGGACAACAUUACUGGUUUUAAUCUGGUGAGACGAUUCUCCUUGCUCAAGAACCCAGAUGUUAAGAAAAUGCGUAACCCCCGAGGGUCUGUUGUCCUCCGGUUGGGCAAGGCGGCACUUUUGCGACCUAGCGAUCAUGUGUUCCCUCAUGGUUUACCUGAUGAGUUCACCCUGAUCUUCACCUUGGCUUUGAAAGAGACUGCCCUCACAGACACCGUCUACCUGUUUCAAAUAUCGGAUCAGCAAGGAUACCCACAGUUAUCUGUGGACCUCAGCGGCCCCGAUGGCACAUUGACUCUCAGAGCCAGAGGACUGGACUCAUCGGCUGACCCAGUGAGCUGUGUUUUCAGCGGGGAAGGAGUGGAGGCCCUGAUGGACCUCCACUGGCACAAGGUGGCCCUGAGCGUGCAGCAUGGCGCUGCCUCUCUCCAUGUGGACUGCAGCUCCAUUGAGACCAAACCGCUUGAGCCCAGAGGAGUGGUGGACACCAGCGGACACACGCUGCUGGCCGUUCGUGCUUCAGAUGCUGGACCGGUGCAGAUGGAUAUUCAGCAGGCGAUGGUGUAUUGUGACCCCUCUCUUGCCAUCCGGGAGGCCUGCUGUGAGAUACCCGGAGCUCGGUGCCCUCCUGAUGCUCCCAAGAGCCGGCGUGCGGCUGAAAAUGACCUGCUGGAAAACACGUUCAACCAGGAAAUGUUCACUUCUAAGGAGUUUGCAGAAAAAUGUGCUGGUUGUUUACUCCUGGGUAGGGAAUACAAUGUAAGGAUCGCUGAUCUUUACCUCAAUUUUCUUCCUUCAGAUCAAGUCAAAGAUGUAAAAGUGUUUGUUUGUGUCUUCCAGGUGGCAAACGUUAUAGAAGCUGCCGGUUUGAAGGGAGAAAAAGGAGAUCGGGGUGAUGAGUGCUCCGGCUCUCGUUCCAGCCCAUGCGCAGAAGGACCCAAAGGCCAGAAGGGAGAGAAAGGCGAGCUGGCUGUGGGUCCCAACAAGGGAGAAGCAGCUUGGUACAAGGGAGAGAAAGGUCAGAAGGGAGAGAUUGGUCCACAGGGUCUGACUGGCACACCCGGGAAAAACGGUCAAGCAGGGAGCGUCUGUGUCGUCGGCCCCAAAGGACAGAAGGGUACAUCAGGUUUGGUGGGUCCUGAAGGCUUGGCUGGGGAGCCAGGGAGGCCUGGACCUCCAGGUCAGCCCGGAGUUGGAAAGCCAGGUCCUCCAGGCCCCCCUGGUGAAGCUGGAGGUGCAAAAGGAGAAAAAGGGGAUUCAGGGACUUCAGGAAAAGAUGGAUUACCAGGAGAUCCAGGACCAAGAGGACCAGUCGGGACUAAAGGAGCGAAGGGUGAUCCGUGUGAACCGUGCCUGGCGCUGACUCCAGACACAAGCAACACUGUUGAAGGGAAGCCCGGACCUAAAGGAGAGCCGGGAUUACCAGGGAUUGGAGAAAGAGGCCCCACUGGGCUUCCAGGUGAGGACGGCAAAGCAGGACAGAAGGGAGAUCCGGGAUCACAUGGUUCCAAGGGAGAAAAGGGGGAGCCUUGCUCUGCGUGCCCCACCCUGGGAGAACUGUCCCCAAACCCCAUAUUACAAUCAAAGCAGCUGAAGGGCGAGAAAGGAGAGCCUGGUUCUGGACAGAAAGGAGAACCGGGGGAGCCAGGAAAGCCAGGUUCACCCGGACUCAGAGGAGAGAAGGGGAAUUCUGGCAGCUCGGGAGCCGAUGGUAAGCCGGGCAAACCUGGACCAAGGGGGACAAGUGGCAAGGAUGGAAAGAAAGGGGAAAAGGGAGAAAGAGGGCUGGCUGGGAAAGGGACUCCUGGAUCAAAGGGGGAGAAGGGAGAGUGUGGCAUGUGCCAGCUCUCAGAGUUGGGCAGCAAAUCUGACUUCAAACUCCCGGAGCAAACAAAGGGUGACCCCGGCCCUCCAGGCCCUCCAGGUCCGCCUGGACCUCCAGGUUUUGGAGCUGCAGGCAAACAGGGACCACCUGGCCUGUCUGGCUCUAAAGGAGAGAAGGGGGAACAGGGCGAUAGAGGAGAACAGGGUCUUGACGGUUCUCCUGGAGUCCCAGGACUGCCUGGAGAUCCAGGUCAGCAAGGCCCAGUGGGUGUUAAAGGAGAAAAGGGGGACGCUUGCACCAGUUGUGUUGCUCCUGGGUCCGUGGUGGGUGAUGGUGUCGCUGUCCCGGGUCCCAAAGGAGAGAAGGGAGACGCCGGGCCCCCAGGAACCGGAAAGCAGGGCAAAAAUGGAAAACCAGGUCCACAGGGUUUACCAGGACCUGCUGGUCCUAAAGGAAGCAAGGGGGAAGCUGGAGCUCCAGGAAUUGGUCUACCAGGCCUACAGGGUGAAGAGGGACCAAGAGGACUUCCAGGACUUGUCGGACCAACUGGCAUUAGCGGCCCUCCAGGACCCGGCGGUCCUGCAGGACAAAAGGGACCCAAGGGUGAUGUGGGGCUUCCAGGGCCUCAGGGGCCUCCAGGCAUUGGAGUAGCAGGACCUCAAGGGAAAGAUGGAGCCCCUGGACCUGCAGGACUGCCAGGAGUUGCAGGCGGUCCGGGUCGUGAUGGAGCUAAGGGGGACAAGGGUGAACCAGGAGUGUGCAGCUGCACGAAUCCGGUGACAUCAGUUGUGGGAGGACCUGGUGCUCCAGGAACUGCAAUAAACACAUGGCAGCCCGGGCCUCAGGGCCCCCCUGGACCUCCUGGUCCCCCCGGCCCCCCAGGGCCACAGGGAGUAAAUGGAAUACAAGGACCUCAGGGUAUUCCUGGAAAGGACGGGAAACCUGGUUUGCCUGGAAACUUAAAUCCCAGCGGAAUACAACAACCUCCUCAAGACCCCUCAGAUGACCCCACUGAUGAGAGCUGUGUUGACGGCUGCUCCCAAGGGUUGCCUGGGGUGCCAGGUAUGUCUGGUGCCAAAGGUGAUAAAGGAGACCAAGGCAAGCCUGGUGCAACCCUCUUGGACAGCUGUGACAGGUGUUUGGAGAGACUGCAGAGUGAACAGAACACUCAAGCCGCGGGGGAUCGAUCCUGCAAUGGACCUCCAGGAGUUCCUGGAAUUCCAGGCUCACCAGGAAUCAAAGGAGAUCCUGGUACACCAGGAGAAAGGGGACAAGCUGGAAUUCCAGGAAUCAUGGGGCCUCCAGGUUUUCCUGGUCCUCAGGGUCCACCUGGGCUAUCUGGUCAGCAGGGGGAGAGAGGAACACCAGGCCUCCCUGGGAUAAAGGGUGAACAGGGUCCUCCAGGAACACCUGGGUAUCCUGGAACCAUGGGGCCACCUGGAUUGCCUGGACUGAAGGGUGAGCGGGGCAGCCCCGGAAGCAGUGGACAGAAAGGAGAAUCAGGUCCUCCUGGUAACCCGGGCUAUCAAGGACAAGCUGGAGCACCGGGUAUUAAAGGGGAAACGGGACCCCAGGGGGCUGCUGGUGAAAAAGGCGAGCAGGGUUUCCAAGGACAACCAGGUUUUCCAGGACCACCAGGUCCACCCGGUCCGGCCGGCAAAUCAGGAAGAGAAGGCCUACCUGGGGUAAAAGGUGAAAAAGGAAAUGAUGGUCCUGCCGGCCCACAAGGACCAACUGGACGACCCGGUUCACCUGGUUCCCCAGGGUUAAUGGGCCCCCCUGGUAUCGAGGGGAUGGAUGGAAAAGACGGGAAGCCAGGACUUAGAGGAGAACCGGGCCCUGCAGGCCCAGCAGGACCUCGAGGAAUCCCAGGAUUCAAAGGCAAAACCGGCCAUGUUGGCUUUCCUGGACAGAAGGGAGAUGCUGGGCCUGUAGGCCCACAAGGAUCCCCUGGAAGACCUGGUCAUGACGGUGAUCCUGGUACCCCAGGACCUCAAGGCCGACCUGGAUCUUCAGGCCAACUUGGUCCCACAGGGCCAGCGGGACCUCCGGGGCCUCCCGGUCCACCAGGAGAAGGUAUAAAAGGAGAUAAGGGCGAAGCUGGAGACAGAGGUCUGCCAGGGAUCGUUGGACCUCCGGGACCACCUGGACAUCCGGGACAAAUGGGCGAGCCUGGCAGUGACGGUGCUCCUGGUAAAGAUGGUGUCGCUGGCAUUCCGGGUGAGAACGGGCAGUCGGGCCAGAAGGGGGAGCCGGGGGCCCCUGGACAGCGAGGUCCUCAGGGAGAGAGAGGUAGACCAGGCCCACCAGGGGGAGGAUAUCUUCCCAAAGAUGCUCAACCUAUGAUGGGCCCAGCCGGACCCCGAGGAGAACGGGGAAGCCAGGGCUCAUCUGGCCCACCUGGACCCCCUGGUCCUGCGGGGACGCCAGGAAAUGACGCUGUUGUCAACUACGAUGACAUCAGGAGCUUCAUUCGCCAACAGGUCAUCAAAAUCUUCGAUGAGAGGAUGGGCUACUAUAUGUCCCGCAUGCAGAUGCCCGUGGAGAUGGUAGCAUCCCCAGGUCGGCCUGGGCCCCCUGGGAAAGACGGUACUCCAGGUACUCCCGGACCCCCAGGUGCUCCGGGACACCCAGGACAGAUCGGCAGACAAGGGCGGCCCGGCGGGCCAGGACUUCCAGGACCACGAGGACCUCAAGGGACAAAAGGUGAUAAGGGUGUUGGAGAGAUGGGAGACAUAGGACCUCCAGGAGCACCAGGUGUUCCCGGUCCCCCCGGAUAUGGAAAAAUGGGACCCCCUGGGUCAGUUGGCCAACAGGGUGUCCCUGGGAUCCCUGGUCCUCCUGGAGCCCCCGGGACUAAAGGAAAAGAGGGUCGAUGUAAUCCCGUGGACUGUAUGACCCACCAAGUAGACUACAGCCCUAAGGGCCCUCCCGUCAAAGGCCCUUGGUAGAGGGCGAAGGAUGCAAAGAAGGGACCAAAGAAGUAUUUAGUGACCCCAAAAAGCAAAAAAAAUAAAAAAAAAAUAAAUCUAAUUGCUAGAUUGAAAACUCUACCUUGGAUCCUACAGGAACUGAACCCAGGACUUUCUCCAACAUCAGUAUUUACCCUUCAAUGCAUUUCCUGCUUUUUUGUGCCUUUUUUUAAAACAGCAUAAGAUAUGACAAGAAUCAAAAUCUGUAUUUACUCUUCCUUAAAUAUUUCUGCCGUCUAUCUUCAUUAUUUGGUGGGAUUUUGUGAUUCUCUUGGGCAACAACACACAGACUUUCAUCAUAGUUCCAUGUAUUAUUCUCUUGUUUUAUUUUGCACAUUUCCACCCUCUGUCUAGCAGAAUGGCCAUUACUUGUGCUUAAAUUUGACAUGCAAAAAAAAAAAAAAAAACCCUGAAUAAUUUUUAGAUACCACUGCAUUUACACUCUCUGAUGCAUUGAUUGUUUUGUAAAUAUUUAUAUGCUUAUUUAUAUAUUUUGGCUUUUUAUACUUUUUAAAAAGUUUUAUAUUGGGCAUGCUGACGGUUAGCCAUUUUUUAAUUGCUGGUUUUGUGGAACAAAUGUCACUUAAAUUCAGAUUUCUUUAUCUUAUUAUAAUUAUUUGUAUCUCUUCAGUAAAUUGAAAGCUAAUUGUAAAAAAAAUACUUGGCUUUUGCAGUUCCGUGGGUUAUUUUUAAUAGUUCUGAAAUUUGAGAAAAAUCUGUAUUUCUAUUUGAUUUAGGAUUUAUAUUUAAAAAAUGAGCCUAUUGCAUGAUAUUGCUGCAAAGCAUCUAAGCCUUACAGUCACGUGUAAAAAAAUAUACAUCAACCCUGAAUUCUGGUUUCUUAUUUUCAGUUUUUUUUUUUUUUUUUUGUUUCUGUGGCGUUUCAAGUCAUUUACACUUUUACAUGUGUUUGAACUCUGUGGUCAGACGUUUGUUUCACCAAAGCAACACCCAGGACAUAUUAGACUGAAUUAAAGUGCUUUUCAAAAAAAGGUUUGUGGUUUGUUUUGUUAGAAACAUCUCUAAAAUGUCAUCUAUUUCUUUCUUUUGUAGAAUGCUUCUAGGAACAACAACAACAAGCUUUCAGACAGAAACCACUCCAUGCCUUCUGUUCUGUGGAUUUUGUCCUUUCCUAGUGUGUUUUGGAUAUUUUGUCUUUAAUUAUUAAAUGAAUAGUUUUUCUUUAUAUUGUAUUUUUCAGAGUAUUUGUUGCUGUUUCUUUGCAUAGUUUGGGAAGGAUUUGGCUUACAUGUUUUUUUUUUUGUUUUUUUUAAUAAAUACAAACUACAGCUAGAGGGCAGUGUAGGUGAGUGUAUCAGUAUUCACCAAGAUAGAAGAAACGCUGAGUUUAGUUGACUUGUUAGCAUGUUUCUUAUGCUAUGGUUAUCUCAAUAAAUGUUCAUAUGUUGCGCUAAUAGACUAGAUUUUUCCAAUAUUUCAUAAAGCCAGAAGUGCAACACACACAACACAAUACCCAUUUGUCUUUCUAUUAUUGUUAUCUAGGAUGUUAUUAUGAUGCCUUUUAAGAUAAAAUGUCAAAUUUUUCCUGUAUUUUGCUACAUUUCUCCAAGGCUGUUGAUAUUCUUACGUAUUUACAUCCAACAAGGACAAAAAUGAAUGGGAAUCCAUGUUGGGAACACGUAAUAUGUUUGGCUAAGUUCUACAUUCCUGGAUUGCCUGCACAUAUUUUAGGUGUGUCCCAGGCUAAAUGUCACUUUUGGUCGGACUUAUUUUAAUUAAAGUUAAACUUUAGCUGUGUGACAUUUAUUCUCUCCAAUUGAGUAAUCCUCAGACGGGGACAGCUUUUGGUGUAUUUGACCCAAACCAUAAUCCAAACCCUUCCUCAUGUCUGUACGGCCCAAAAAAAAAAAAAAA